GAAGUCAUUUCUGCUGCGGUGUCGGUCUUGGCAGCGUUUACCAGCUUACGGGUGGCACCCGUCGAACGAUCCGGUCCGGCAACGGAAUCGCUGGCACUGGCGGUGUGAAAGGCUUGGCUAGGCAGUUUGUCGGCAGUGCUGCUCAGCUCCGGAAAGGAAGCUAUCUGUUCCUCGUCCUUUAGCAGUGCCUCCACACAGGCAUUUACUGCGAGGCAAAAGAGAAAGGAUAGUUACCACACACAUUCACACACACACGGACACACACGCGCAAUCCGUCCAACCCGGACGUUGUUGCAGCCGUGCUACUUACAAUCGUCAUAUCGCUCGAUCGUCGCAAUAAUUCGCUGCUGUUCGAUAUGGUCACCAAACAUUUCGGUCAGGUGCGCUAAAAUUUCGUCCCUACUCAUUCUGGAGCGAUGAUUUCGUGGGUGUCCUUCUAGGGGUAUGUAUCUCGGAUACGGCUGGUCCUGUAUGGUUUGCGCGCGGUUCUGCGUUCGUAUCACCUUGGGCGUCCCGUCUCUUUGCUACGCUGCUGUACGGUCAACCGAUUGCUCUUCAUACCAUUGCACCAAUGCACCGAUGCACGAUCAAACUUUCUCACACAAUAAAUUACAUAAAAAAAAAGGGAAACGCGCCGUUUUGCGUACCGUUCAGUUGUAGAAACGUCGUCAAAACAAACACGUAAAUAGAACAAUGUGGCGAAAUAAAAGUGACAGCUGGCAUCGAAGCGAGCCGUCUGGCAACACUGCCGGCCGUCGGGCGAAUCAGCUGUUUUGUUCGCUUCACAACAAAGCAACCUUCUGGUGGUAGUAGUGGUGGUGGUGAAAGUUUGUGUACAUUGUUUACGGUUGUGCUGCGCAUCGAUGGAAAAUUCACACCUAAAUAGGGCUCACAUGUACGGCCGGAGGGCGGAAAAUUGUGCAAAAAACCGACGAUUCGACGACGCCAUCGAAUGCCACCGGAAGGCCGUGUCGCACUUUAGCGAAGCGCUGAAGCUGCAAACGAAUGCCAUCGUGCAGGAAUCGCUACAGCUGCAGCGCAAGUACCACCUGAAGCAGGUGGACUGGUUGCUGGUGAAGAAGCAACAGUACGACCGGUACCUGCGGGCGCUCGAUUACCAGCGCCGCAAGAAUCCCGAGUUUCUGGCCCAACAGAUCGAAAAGAUGGACAAGUACAACGAGCUGCAGGUGGCGAUCUACCACAAUCUCGACGAUACGGAUGGUUUGCUGGAAGCGUUAGGCAGAAACAUUGCCACCACCACCACCAACAACAACAACAGCCCGGCGCUGGGUGUGGCUAAUGCCAGCGGCCCCGGAACGAAAACCGUACACGAUCUGAUCGCGCUCAAUCACUCGCUACACAUCCUAAUCCAGCGCAUGUCACAGAACGUGGACGAGUACGCGACGGAAAAUGAGGAGCUGCGGGAAAAGUUGCGCUACUACGAGCGGGAAAAGGAAGCGGGCAGUUCCGAUGGUGCCAAGGGACUCGAUGCGGAAUCGUCGCCAAACACGGGCAAAGGUGGUGGACAGAGCAGCGGCACGGAGAAGCAUACGCCAGGGCUGAUGCACGACAACCUUUCCACACUGGCACCGCUCGAAAUGCCCGUGUUUGAUUUGUCCGAUUUUGAUAAUCACUAGUAGCGAAGCGGUGGCUUCGAGCUUGCUCUCGUACCUUUGUACCUUCCUGGAUCGGCGUGAUGGGACAGUGUUGCAGGAUGUGAUAACACUACUUACGUAUUUACUUUAAAACUACAAACACACAGAUAGCUGGUGGGUGGGUGGGUGACCCGGAACAGGCGAAGGAGGUCACCGGGGAGUUGUAAAUAUUUUGUACAGAAUGCCCUGUUUCCCCGACGCUAUACUGCUUUGCUGUGUGCUUGUGGCGUGUUACUUGGCUAGGUCGAUGUGUAACUAUCGCUAAUAAAGAUUUAUUGCAGACGGAUAGAUUGU